CGGGCGGCGGGCGGGGAGACCCCGGCGGCGCGGCAGAGCCAUGGACGGCCCGACGCGGGGCCAUGGACUCCGCAAGAAGCGGCGGUCGCGGUCGCAGCGAGACCGGGAGAGGCGCUCCCGGGGCGGGCUGGGGGCCGGCGCGGCCGGCGGCGGCGGGGCCGGCCGGACCCGGGCGCCCUCGCUCGCCUCGUCGUCGGGCUCCGACAAGGAAGACAAUGGGAAGCCCCCGUCCUCCGCCCCGUCCCGGCCCAGACCCCCGCGGAGGAAGCGGCGGGAGUCCACGUCGGCCGAAGAGGACAUCAUUGAUGGAUUUGCCAUGACCAGCUUUGUCACUUUUGAAGCGCUGGAGAAAGAUGUAGCACUUAAGCCUCAGGAACGAGUGGAGAAACGCCAGACCCCUUUGACCAAGAAGAAACGAGAAGCACUUACCAAUGGCUUGUCCUUUCACUCCAAGAAGAGCAGGCUCAGCCACCCACGCCACUACAGCUCAGACCGAGAAAAUGAUCGCAAUCUCUGCCAACACCUGGGGAAGAGAAAGAAAAUACCGAAGGGAUUCAGACAGGAGUCACUGCUGACAACGCUCCAGGACCAUAUGAAGUGCCAUUUUGAACCCAGGUUGGCUGCAUGCAGGGUCAAACCAGGGCAGAACAGCUGCAGGGACAGUGACAGUGAAAGUGCCAGUGGAGAAUCCAAGGGCUUCCACAGGAGCAGCUCCCGGGAGAGGCUCAGCGACAGUUCAGCUCCAUCCAGCUUGGGAACAGGCUACUUCUGUGACAGCGACAGCGACCCAGAAGAGAAGGCCUCAGAUGCCAGCUCUGAAAAACUCUUCAAUACUGUUAUUGUAAACAAAGACCCGGAGCUAGGCGUUGGCACCCCACCCGCACAUGACAGCCAGGAUGCGGGGCCCAUCGUCCCCAAGAUAUCAGGUCUAGAGAGAAGCCAAGAGAGGAGCGAGGACUGUUGCAAGGAGCCCAUCUUGGAGGCGUCCGUGCUGAAGGAGCCCUGUGCUCAGGUCCCACCGCCGCUCGCCCUGCCUCCUGCAGAGCCCCAGCCUCGAGCACCAGCGCCGUCACUAGACCCCGGCUUGGUGCCACGCCCCGAGGCCCCGGCACAGCCUCCGAGACCCAGCACCCAGACGCCCCAGGGCCCCGCCGAGCCCCAGCUGCAGCCAGCCCCACAGCCGCCCGUGCAGCGCGCCCCCCGGCCGCACUCCCCCACACAGCUGCUGCACCCAGGCCUCCCACCCGUGCCGGCGCACCCCCCAGGCCCCGGCCUCGCCCAGCCUCUGUCCGCCUACAACAGCAGCAGCCUGAGCCUCAACAGCCUGAGCAGCAGCAGAAGCAGCACUCCGGCCAAGACUCAGCCUGCCCCACCCCACAUCUCGCACCACCCCGCCGCCUCCCCGUUUCCCCUGUCCCUGCCCAACCACAGCCCCCUGCACAGCUUCACACCCACCCUCCAGGCCCCCGCACACGCACAUCACCCCAAUAUGUUUGCCCCUCCCACUGCUCUGCCUCCUCCACCACCGCUGACAUCAGGGAGUCUGCAGGUCCCUGGGCACCCCGCCGGGAGCACUUACUCAGAGCAAGACAUCCUGCGGCAGGAACUGAACACCCGCUUCUUGGCCUCUCAGAGUGCUGACCGGGGGGCUUCCCUGGGCCCCCCACCUUACCUGCGGACCGAGUUCCACCAGCACCAGCACCAGCACCAGCACACGCACCAGCACACACACCAGCACACCUUCACGCCGUUUCCCCACGCCAUCCCACCCACCGCCAUCAUGCCGACGCCAGCACCUCCCAUGGUGCGUACCCCAGGCAGAAAUUUUGACAAAUACCCUACCAAAGUUGACCCCUUCUACCGGCACAGUCUCUUCCAUUCCUAUCCUCCUGCAGUAUCGGGCAUCCCCCCUAUGAUUCCACCCACUGGCCCCUUUGGUUCACUACAAGGAGCAUUUCAGCCCAAGACAUCCAACCCUAUCGACGUGGCCGCUCGACCCGGGACAGUCCCACACACUCUGCUCCAGAAGGACCCGCGGUUGACAGAUCCUUUCAGACCUAUGUUAAGGAAGCCGGGGAAGUGGUGCGCUAUGCACGUGCACAUCGCCUGGCAGAUCUACCACCACCAACAGAAAGUCAAGAAACAGAUGCAGUCAGACCCACAUAAGCUGGACUUCGGACUGAAGCCCGAGUUUCUGAGCCGCCCCCCAGGCCCCAGCCUCUUCGGAGCUAUCCACCACCCCCAUGACCUGGCACGGCCUUCCACUUUGUUCUCUGCUGCUGGUGCUACACACCCAACUGCGACGCCUUUUGGGCCGCCUCCUCAUCACAGCAACUUCCUGAACCCUGCUGCUCACCUCGAACCUUUUAAUCGGCCUUCUACCUUCACGGGCCUCGCAGCAGUCGGUGGGAAUGCCUUCGGGGGACUCGGAAAUCCUUCAGUUACACCCAACUCAAUGUUCGGCCACAAGGAUGGCCCCAGUGUGCAGAACUUUAGCAACCCUCACGAACCCUGGAACCGGCUGCACCGAACGCCUCCGUCGUUCCCGACCCCUCCGCCCUGGCUGAAGCCGGGGGAGUUGGAGCGUAGCGCGUCCGCUGCAGCUCAUGACAGAGAUAGAGAUGUAGAUAAACGAGACUCAUCUCUUAGUAAAGAUGACAAAGAAAGGGAAAGCGUCGAGAAAAGACAUGCUAGCCACCCUUCACCAGCACCUCUCCUCCCGGUGAGCACCCUGGGGCAUCCCCGCGGCUCUGCCGAACAGAUCAGGGGUCAUUUGAACACUGAGGCUCGCGAGAAGGACAAGUCCAAAGAGAGGGAGCGAGACCACUCGGAAUCCCGGAAGGACCCAGCCGCAGCCGACGAGCACAAGGCCAAGGACGGCCACCCGCCGGAGAAGGACGGCCACGGCCACGAGGGCCGUGCCGGGCCCGACGAGGCCAAGCAGCUGGCCCGGGUGCCCUCGCCCUACGUGCGCACCCCCGGAGUGGAGGGCGCGAGGCCCAACAGCACCUCGAGCCGGGAGGCCGAGCCCCGCAAGAGCGAGCCGGCCUAUGAGAACCCCAAGAAGAGCUCGGAGGUCAAGGUGAAGGAGGAGCGCAAGGAGGAGCACGACCUGCCCCCCGAGGCGCCGCAGACCCACCGGGCGGCCGAUCCGCCGCCCCCCAACUCCUCCAGCAGCGUGCACCCCGGGCCCUUGGCCUCCAUGCCCAUGACGGUGGGGGUGGCCGGCAUCCACCCCAUGAACAGCAUCAGCAGCCUGGACAGGACUCGCAUGAUGACCCCGUUCAUGGGCAUCAGCCCCAUUCCCGGCGGAGAGCGGUUCCCGUACCCUUCUUUCCACUGGGACCCCAUCCGGGACCCGCUGCGGGACCCUUACCGGGAACUGGACAUCCACCGCCGGGACCCGCUGGGCAGGGACUUCCUGCUCAGGAACGACCCUCUCCACCGCCUCUCGACUCCGCGGCUGUACGAAGCCGACCGCUCCUUCAGGGACCGGGAGCCCCACGACUACAACCACCACCACCACCACCACCACCACCCGCUGUCCGUGGACCCGCGGCGGGAGCACGAGCGGGGCGCGCACCUGGACGAGCGCGAGCGGCUGCACAUGCUCCGCGAGGACUUCGAGCACACGCGGCUGCACCCGGCGCACCCCGCGUCCCUCGACGGCCACCUGCCCCACCCCAGCCUCCUCACGCCGGGGCUGCCCAGCAUGCACUACCCCAGGAUCAGCCCCACGGCCGGCCACCAGAACGGACUGCUGAACAAGACGCCGCCCACCGCGGCGCUCAGCGCACCCCCGCCGCUCAUCUCCACGCUGGGGGGCCGCCCCGUGUCCCCCCGGAGGACUACGCCUCUGUCGGCCGAGAUGCGGGAGCGGCCGCCGUCCCACACGCUCAAGGACAUUGAAGCGCGGUAAAGGAGAGCCGCCAGCGGCCACGGGGCACUGGACAGCACCCAGGC